UCUCUGCUCUGCUGCCGCCCAGAAACGUUCCAGGGAAGAAACAGCUGCGACCCCCGAUCACAACACCAUUGGCUUGGCUUURUCUGGCGCUGGUAGCCGAUCCGUAACCGAACCAAACACCAAAACUCCGAAGUAAACAAGCACCAMGGGCAAAUACUGUAGUUUUCACUCCAAAAUGGUCCAAGGGAGCCUUGUCGAGCCUGCGACCAAACCCGCGGUUAGCASUGGACGCCGCGAACCWAGACGCGAUCUGAGAGGUUCGACGAAAUACAACGCGGACUUCAAGUGGAAGCACGAGAAAUCGGUGGUGGGGGCACUCGAGGUCGAGACCAACCCGGAACUGGACCUCAGGGCCGAGAUGAUYCGGCACUGCGUUCCGGGAUACGGCCCCCAGCUCAACGCAUACUAUGAGGUCUUCAAGGAGCUGAAACUGAGAGACGAGUUCAUCAAAGCCUUCGAGAGUAUCCCACCGGUGACGACCUGCUGCGGAAAAGUUACCUGCCAGGACGAGACCAUAAAGAACAACGCCAAACUACUCAACAAGGGAUGGGUGAAGGCAACCAACAAGAAACUCUUCAAGCACGGUUUCCGGCUGAGCAUUUUUGUCUGGCGUUGGAGCAACGUAGCCGGGAAGGCAGAGACCGUGAUCCCGAUGAUUCGCUUCCACACCCUGUCGGAACAAAGCGAUUCCAAACGGCGGCGAUCGCCCACCAAUGCGGAUUGCUAGGCAACCGCGCCUCCGCCCGCUGCUCGAUCGCGGCGAUCAUUGUCGAAGUCGUGUUCCGGCAGUACCGGCAGGACAAUUCGAAGGAAACAUGCGCGGUAGUUCCGUUCCGAUUGGUCGGCUCGAAACAUAUCGUUGCUGCUUUCUCCGAAGCUUGCAUUAGAUCUUAGUAAUGUACAUGUAUAACAACAUAAUACUACAAUAUACUAUAUACGUAUUG